CAUCCUACUGUAUUGUGACUAUGGCAGCUCAGGUUACUGAAUCAGACCAGAUCAAACAGUUCAAAGAAUUCCUGGGAACCUAUAAUAAACUGACAGAAAACUGCUUCAUGGAUUGUGUUAAAGAUUUCACUACAAGAGAGGUCAAGCCAGAGGAGACCUCAUGUUCUGAGAGCUGCUUACAAAAGUACCUAAAAAUGACACAGAGGAUCUCCAUGCGCUUCCAGGAAUAUCACAUCCAGCAGAAUGAAGCAUUGGCUGCUAAAGCCGGCUUGUUAGGACAACCGCGAUAAUCGACUACUGCUGGACUGAACUCCAGACCAGUAUUCCGGCAUGGAGCAGGGCCCUCCAAACUGGAGCAGCAAGACAGAGGACGCAGGCACUAGGAAUAGUGUGAGAAGGCCUCUCAUGUCUGCCAGCUCUCCGGAUAAUUGACUUGUUGGGAUUUCUGGUUUCCCAAAGGACAGACACUCUCAUUUUGACCAUCAUGCUGGUCUUCCAUAAAACUCGAAAGAUCUUAAUUGUUUUUUUAUGUUAGAAUGCUACAAAAUAAAAUGUUAGCCUACUCUAACAUUCAGUCUUGUUCAUGCAUAAUUUAUCAAUGAAAUAAAAAACAAAAUGCUUAACUAGGAUGGAUUCUGAUCUAUACUACACUGAAAAAAAAAAAAAUACUUGUAGGAUUUACUUGAUAAAAUUGUAAAUCCUACACAUUUUAAGUUAAUUUUACUGCUACUGCUCUGUACAACAUACUUGUUAUUAUCAGGGAAAAUCUACUUACUAUUGAGCUUAACAUUCAUAAAGAAAUUAAGUAAAUAUUACUUAAUUAUA